AUGGCAGUCACGGCCGGAAGCCGUGGAGUGAGUGACGAUGCCGUGAUCGACUUGACUGAUGAUCGCCGUCAGUCCUAUUCCUUCUUCACGUGCAGUAGGGCGGCUAUCAUGUUGCAAAUCACAUCUAACUCAUUCGGUCACUCGAGUGCUAGUGGACAAUUGUCAACCUUCACUUAUCACCCACCACUCAUCACCAUUCCACACGAGUUUGGGACCAUGGCUCAGCGAGCAGCCGGAUCCACUGCGCACAUGGUCACCCGAGGUGCCAGAAUUUCAACUCCUUAG